AUGGCUCAAUAUGAUGGGAUGAGCAAUAUGGGAGCUUUAAGCGUUCCAAGAAACUCUGCCAUGUUGACGCUAAAUGGAACCAACCACAAGCAGUGGGUUGAAUCCCUCAUGCUAAAUUUGACUCUUAUGAGAGUGGACUUGGCCUUGAGAAUGGAUGCAUCGCCUAAACCCGCUGAUGAUGCCACUGAAAAGGACAAGAAGUCCUAUGAGGAUUGGGAGCAUUCCAAUCGUUGUUGUUUGAUGCUUAUGAGGUAUCACAUGGAUGAGUCCAUUCGUGAUAGUAUUCCUCAAACUGAAAGUGCAAAAGAUUUUCUUGCUGCCAUUAAGGAAAAGUAUAAGAAGUUCUCAAAGAAUGAGAAAAAUGAGUGCUUAACUUUGUUCCAUCGCACUAACUAUGCUGAUACGGGUGACAUUAGAGCUCACAUCGACAAGCUCAUGGGUUGUUACCAGAAGCUUAAAGGGAUGGGAUUGGAUCUUGGUGAGGAUUACAUUGUGUGGUUUGUAAUGGAAACCAUUCCUUCUCAAUUUGAUUCGAUCAGAUCAAGCUACAAUGCUCAAAAAGAGCAGUGGACCAUUGAGGAGAUGACUGCUAUUCUUGCCAAAGAAGAAGAGGACAUGAAAAAGGGGAGAGCAAGAAGUAUCUCCAUGGUGACCAAUCCAAACAAUUCUCACAAGAGAAAGUUCACUCCCAACAACUCUAGUGACCAAAGGUUUCAUAAGAAGAGAGCCACCAAUCCUAAGGGAAAUGGACAAGCAAGCUCUUCUUCAACUGGUCAUAAGAAUGAGUUCUUCAAAGGAAAGUGCAACUUUUGUCAAUGCUUCGGGCAUAAGAAAGCUGAUUGCCGAAAGCUCAAAGCUCACUUAGAGAAGAAAGGCAGUGACAAGUCGAAGAAGGCCGAGUAGGUUGGAGGAGUAUGUAUACAUGGGAG